UAACGAAAGGGGAGCGGCGAUAUUCCCGGUAUGUGCGGUAAUUGUGUUGUGAACCUAUGCAGGAACUUUGACUAGUGCGGGACAGCUGUAAAAAUCUACGAUUGUUGCGGCUUCUAGUCGGAAUAUUCAGACAUUGAUUACCCUCACAUAAAUUAAAGGAACAUUUUCUUCCAUUUUGAGUUUCCCAAGGAUCUGUCAUGCCGGUUUUUCAUACCAAGACGAUCGAAGCAAUCUUGGAUCCUGUUGCCCAGCAGGUUUCCCAACUGGUUAUCCUCCAUGAAGAAGCACAAGAUGGAAACGCUAUGCCAGACCUCUCCAGACCAGUUAUGGCGGUCAGUGCUGCUGUCCAGAACCUGGUCAAGGUUGGAAGGGAUACUGCCAACAGCACCGAUGACAAGAUCUUGAAGCAGGAGAUGCCGCCAGCAUUUCAGGGAGUGGAACAGUCUGCCACCAAACUCUAUGAAGCGGCUAUGAUGCUCAAGGAGGACCCCUACUCCUCCCCAGCAAGGAAGAUGCUCAUUGAUGGUGCAAGAGGAAUUCUCAGUGGAACCUCUGACCUUCUGCUGUGCUUUGACCAGUCUGAGGUCCGUAAGAUUGUGCGGGUGGCCAAGGGAGUCCUGGAGUACCUAGCAGUCUCUGAAGUGGUCGAAUCCAUGGAGGAUCUGGUCACGUUUGUCAAGAACUUGUCCCCCGGUAUGGCCAACUUGGCCAACAAGGUGACCGGUAGGAGCAAGGAACUGACCCACACUGCCCAUGCCAAUGGACUGGUCAACCACACAGAGAACCUCAAGAGAACCACGCCCAUCCUCGUCUCUUCCAUCAAGAUCUUUGUCACUACAUUGCAGAAAGGAGGAGCAGGGCGGGACGAGGCCCAGCAGAAUCGCAACUUCAUCAUUGGUCGUAUGUCACAUGACGUCAACGAGAUCAUCAGAAUCCUCCAGUUGACCUCAGCGGAUGAUGAUGAUUGGUCGAUGGAUGACCUGACGAUCAUGAAGAAAUCGUUGUUGAAUAUCACAAAUCAGAUGAACAUGGCUCAGACCUGGCUGGCCAACUCAAAUGCUGAACCUGGUGGAUUGGGUGAGAAAGCAGUGCGGGAUAUCCUGAGGGAUGCCAGGAGGGUAGCAGAUCGCCUUGAGGGACCCCAGAGAGAGCAUCUCCUUGCAACCAUCAACGAGAUUGAAGUCAUGAUGAAUGAAUUAUGUGCUCUUAGGGCAAAGGGCCAGGGUAAUUCCCCCCGUGCUCUGCAGCUUGCCAAGCAGAUUGCAGAGAAGCUUGGCUACCUCCAUCAAGAAGUGGACUUUGCUGUCAAGGAUGCCGUCAAGAGUGGGGUAACAAGAACUGCUUAUACCCUUGCUGGUAAAGUGGAACAGGCCCAGAAGUGGCUUAGGAACCCUGCUCAAGAUGACAAGGGAGUGGGACGCAGAGCCGUCGCCGGCAUCGUUGCACAGGGAAGGAAGGUGGCUCAGAACCUGUCUGAACCGGAGAGAGGAGAGCUUUUGAGGCUUUGUGAUGAAGUAGAAUCUCUCUCUCAACAGAUUACUGACCUCGUCAACAGGGGACAAGGUAAUUCUCCACAGUGCUUGGAUGCAGCCAGGCGCCUUGCAGAAAGACUGCCAUCCCUCCAGAAGAUGAUUGAGAAUGCGUUGGCGAAGGAGGUUGCUGAAGUCUUCAUGGAUACCACCACACCUCUCAAGGAGCUAGAAAGAGCUGCCAAGGCUCCCGCCGAUGACCCUAAUAGGCAACAGACCUAUACUUCAAAGGCCACAAUCUUCCUGACUCAUGCCAACAAGAUUUCAGAUACCGCUAAGCUAGUGGCUGAGGCCGGAGCCAGCAACGACAGGCCUCUCGUUGAAGAACUCAACAACAAGGCACAGGAAGUGAAGGACCUCGCCCCUCAGGUGGUGGCUGCUGGGAAGGUUUUACUUCUCAACCCUGGUGAACAGACUGCAGUCUCUCACUUUGACGAGUUGAAGAGGGAAUACAUGGGGAAGGUUGAGACUCUGACUGACCUAGUAGACCAGGCUGUAGACACAGUGGAGUUCGUCAAAGCAUCAGAGGAGGCGAUCAAGCGGGAUAGCGAGAAGGUCGCACAAGCCAUCCAGCAGAACGACCCCAACGUCAUCGCAGCCAAGGCAUCUAGCAUCGCUAGGCGUGCCCAGCGGGUUGCCGUGGUAGCAUCCAAGGAAGCUGCCAACUCCGAGGACCCCAAGUUUGUCCAAGAUGUCAGUAGGGCAGCCAAUCAGCUUUCAGGAGACAUCCCUCCAUCCGUGACGGCAGCUAAAGGUGUGACCCUUAACCCCGCUGAUCGCAACGCCCAAGACAAGUGGUUCACUGCUAACAAACAGUUGAUGAAGUCAGUUGCAGCAGUGCGUAUCCCCCUCACCGUUGAAAUACCACUGGAGCAGUCCCUUCCUCCUCCACCUCCGCUCCCCCCUAUGGGAGCAAUGGAACACUCCGCAGUGCCACAGAGAGGGCCUAGUUCCUUUGCUCCAGUACAAGCAUCGUCAGGCUACUCUACCCAGAGUGCACCUCCUGUGCCUCCUCCUCCUCCAGGCUCCGCCUACUCCAGACAAGCCACGCCCUCUUACCAGCUACCUUACCUUGAAGCUGACCAACCUACUCCUCUUCCUCCUCCUUCUCCUCAGUUAUAUACAUCAUCCCUGAAUGGCCAUUCUUAUCACCAUGACAACCAACCUGAAUCCUACUCCCACCCUCCAGCCUACUUCCAGGACGAGAAAACUCCACUGCAUUCUUCUCAUCCAUACCAUGACCCAUUGAUCUCUGUGACCCCAAUGUCUGACCUUCGACCUCAAACUUGCCUCCCUGUAGCCUCAACCUCCCCUCAUGUCCAAACCCUAACUUCUGAUCCUACCCUAAAUGGCUCAACCCCCAACCCUCCUCACCCAUAUCAUGAUCCAUUGACCUCUGUGACCCCAAUGUCUGACCUUCGACCUCAAACUUGCCACCCUGUAGCCUCAACCUCCCCUCAUCUCCAAACCCUAACUUCUGAUCCUACCCUAAAUGGCUCAACCCCCAACCCUCCUCACUUUGUCGCAACCUCCUCAAUCCGUUUGAACCCUUCUCCAUUGCAUGAAUCUGGUGUGACCUCUUCACCCCUUCAUGACCUCAGCAUGACCCCAGUUGACCUCGAGAAUGGUGAGCAGGCUGCAGCGCCUCCCCCUCCCCCGCCCCCACCCCCAAAGGCUUCUUCGGACGGCCAAGCAGGCUACCAGCCUUUAGGUACCUCUCGCAAUUUCCCCCUCGGCCAUGGAUCUGCGCCAAUGAGGGGGCACUCCGCCGCCCAUGAUCCAGCAAGUCAACAUAAGGGUCCAUCAUUCACAAUUCCCCAAGAGAUACAAGAUGACUUGGACGCUGUGCUGAAAACGUUCCCUAAUUACCCUAGUACUCCGUCUGUAGAGACGCCUUCUUCUUAUGCCCCGCCCCCUGUCAGAUCAGCUCCGCCCACCACUGCUCCCAAGCCAAGACAGGUGCAAUCAGAUGUAGGAGAUGUCCGCCAGGCUCUUACAGUCAACCAGGAGCCGAUUAUGCCACCCCCUCCUGAUAUGAGUAGACUUCAGUUGGAAGAAGCAGCCCCACCAAGGCCACCCCUACCCGGUGAUGUACCUCCACCACGCCCACCCCCUCCCGAAGACACUUCGCUACCCCUCCCAGAGCAAGGCUCUCAUCAACCCAUUAUGCAAGCUGCCUAUGAUCUUCACGUUGAGACAGAACAAUGGUCCAGCAAGGAUAACGAUCUCAUCGCAGCAGCAAAGAGGAUGGCACAACUUAUGGCUGCCAUGAGCAAACACGUCAGUGGAGAGGGUGGUAAUAAGAAGGAUCUGAUUGACACAGCCAAGGAGAUUGUGAAGGUGGCAGCACUGGUGACCCGGCUGACACGAGAGAUAGCCAAUCAGUGCACAGAUAUCCGUAUGAGAGUGAACCUUCUACAAGUCUGUGAGAGGAUCCCCACCAUUAGCACUCAACUCAAGAUCUUAUCCACGGUCAAAGCCGUCAUGCUUGGGUCACAAGAGUCUGAGGAGGAUAUGGAAGCUACUGAGAUGCUCGUCGGCAACGCCCAAAACCUGAUGAAGGCCGUCAAGGAAACGGUGAGAGCCGCCAAGGCUGCCUCCAUUAAGAUAAGGACGGAUGCUGGCUACAAGAUGAGAUGGGUCCGCCAGAGACCCUGGUAUCAGUAGAUAGAUCCUUCUAUCAAGAAGCCACUGCCCAGGGACCGGUUUCACAAAGCCUUUUUUCAAUGACAAAUGACAAAUAUCAGUGACAAAACUGCUGAUAACCAAUCAGAAGCAAGGAUUUCAGUAGCUUAUAACAACAACUGUCAUUUGUCACUGAUGACUAGUUUUGUGAAACCUCCCCCUGGAAUGCCCUGUCAAGAUGCUAUAUAUGCUGAUCAGGGGG